UCCAAAUACUUCCUUGUCGGAUUCAUGGAGGUGGCGGCAAUGCUGGACCUAGAUCAUGAAAAUAUUGUUCGCUUGUGCGGUUGGGCCUUUGAAGACAAAACUCUCUAUAUCAUCGGCGAACUAGUACCCGGUGGAACCCUAUAUUCCUAUGUGCAAAUGGCAAAGAGAAAUGAUUUAAGGAGUCUGGGUCUGGAGAAGAUAGCACUGGGAAUAGCACAGGGUUUGCGAUAUCUGCAGGCCCGGAAGUUAAUUCAUCGAGAUUUGGCUGCGCGAAAUAUUUUCCUGGACGAUGACAAGACGCCAAAGAUCGGGGACUUCCGACUCUGUCGAAGGGAAGGUUCUCGAUAUCCUUACGGAGAGAAGCCUGUCAAGUGGUCUGCGCCGGAGGUUUUGAUGAGCAGAGAAAACUGCAGCCUGAAAUCUGACAUCUGGUCUUAUGGUAUAGUCCUCUGGGAGGUAUACAGUCUGGGGCACGUACCCUUUUUUGAUAUACCAAAUGCCAAUUUGAGCGAAGCCUUGGAGAAGGCCUUCCGUGAGGGCAGGUGUCCACUUAAGUUCCCCGAUUAUUCUCCCAAAGCCGUCCAUCGGGUAGGUCGUUUGUGUCUUCAAAAAGACCCAGCCAGUCGGCCCAGUAGCGAUGAUAUUAUUAAAAACUUGAUGACGCCGGAAACUCCGACACCAAGUCCUCCUCCUUUGCAAGCGAAAAGCCCUACUCGUCCUUCUUUGCCACCGAGAACUUAUCUACGUCAUCAAACUCCACCACUGAGGGAUCCCUUGAGUCCACCACCUUUGCCACCGAGACCUCCCCCAGGGUAUCGUAAGCAUCUCAACGCACAGUCAAUAAAAACGGUAUUUUAG